GAACAAAUCACAUCUGGAAACUUUCUGUGGGGGUUGGGUGGGGGGCGCGGAAGGGAGUUUGAGGGAAUUCCUUUGCCCAUUGGCUGCUGCCGCCAAAUCCCUUACAUCAUCGGCCUGAGCACCAGUGAGGUGUGGCAGGCGGACGGGUGAAAGUGACAAGGCACAGCAAGAUCCACAGUACAGUUGUUGGGAUCUGAACGGGACAAACUGUGCUGACUGCGCUGGAGGCGGCGGCGCUCGGGUCACUGAACCGUACCAGCUCUCGGAAUUAACAAGAGAUCAGAAUCCCAUUCGAGCGAGAGGAGCUGGAUAACUUUACCCUGGAGACUCACACAGCCCUCUGGAACUCAAGGGCAAGGAGUAGGGCUUAGGCUUCUUUGCUGCCCAAGAACUGACGAAGAAUGAAAGCCAUCCUUUGCAUUCUCCGUCACUGUUUGGCCCUGGUGUUCCUCCACUGCAUCUUGGAGCUACACUGCUUGGAACAGAACAAAGUGGAGCAAGUCCCCAGAAUUCAACUGCGGCUGGCUGGCCGGAGGAAGAAAGGGAAUGAAGGGCGAAUUGAGGUCCAUUACAAUGGCGAGUGGGGCACUGUGUGUGACGAUGAGUUCUCCAUUGCAACAGCGCACGUGAUUUGUAAGGAACUGGGCUUCAUUCAAGCAGAAAGCUGGGUGCCUGGUGCCAAGUAUGGCCGUGGAAAAGGACGUAUUUGGAUGGAUAACAUCCGGUGCACUGGUGCUGAGACCACCCUAGCUGCUUGCAAUUUCAACGGCUGGGGGAUCACCGACUGCAAGCACACAGAAGACGCAGGAGUGGUGUGCAACGAAAGGAGAAUACCCGGCUUUAAAUUCACCAACACUUUCAUCAAUGAUAUAGAGGAAGCGCAGCAGCACGUGGAAGACAUUCGUAUUAAAGGGGUCUUCGGACCCUCCAGGAGGAGCUUGCCUGUGACCGAGGGUUAUGUGGAGGUUAAGCAGGACGGGCAAUGGAAGCAGAUCUGUAGCACGGCCUGGACGGAGCUGAACACCAGGGUGACCUGCGGCAUGUUCGGAUUCCCGGCGGACAAAAGCUACAAUGCCAGAGUUUACAAGACAUUUGCGGGCAGGAAGAAGCACACUUACUGGCCCUACUCCAUCAACUGCACAGGCACCGAGAUCCACCUCUCCAACUGCGCCUUGGGCCCUUCCGCGAUGGACAGGAACAACACGUGCAAGAGCCAGAUGCCCGUGGUGGUGAGCUGCGUCACAGGACGUCCCUUUGCCACCAUCACCUCCACUCGAAUCCGGAAAGCCUUCCCGAACAAGGAACCACAGGUUCGUCUCAGAGGAGGAGCCAAGAUUGGAGAAGGCAGGGUGGAAGUGUUGAAGAACGGACAGUGGGGAACCAUCUGCGAUGGCCAGUGGGGUCUUGUGUCAGCCAGCGUGGUCUGCCGGCAGCUGGGCUUUGGCACUGCCAAGGAUGCCUUGGCUGGAUCUCAAAUGGGAAAAGGAAUCGGCUCGGUCCACAUGAAUAAGGUGUUAUGUACGGGCUUCGAGGACUCCAUCACCGACUGCGCUUCCAGCCAGCACGACCUGUGUGACCAUGAUGAGGAUGCUUCAGUACGGUGCAACAUCCCAGACAUGGGCUUCGAGAGCCAGAUUCGCCUGGCUGGAGGUCGUACACCCUAUGAGGGACGGGUUGAGGUCCUAGCGAAGAAGAAUGGCAGUCUGAGGUGGGGUACAGUCUGCAGUGACAACUGGGGCAUCAUGGAAGCCUUGGUGGUCUGCCGACAGCUGGGGCUGGGCUUUGCUGACCAUGCAGUUCAGGACACCUGGUUCUGGGAGGGUGACCCGACAGCAGAUGAAGUGGUGAUGAGUGGAGUCAAGUGCUCUGGGACCGAGAUGUCCCUCUUUCAGUGUCGUCACCAUGGCGAAGACCUCGAGUGCUCCAACGGAGGGGGGCGCUUUGCCGCAGGCAUCUCUUGCACUGAAGCUGCUUCCGAUAUCGUUCUCAAUCCCGAGGUGGUUCAGGAGACCACGUACCUGGAGAACCGGCCCAUGUCCAUGCUGACCUGCGCCAUGGAGGAGAACUGUCUGGCCGCCUCGGCUGUGGGGCAGCCCCUCCUGACCAGCUUCCGCCGACUGCUCCGGUUCUCCUCCCAAAUCCACAACAACGGUGAGGCGGACUUCCGGCCGAAGGCGGGGAGGCAUGAGUGGCAGUGGCACGAGUGCCACAGGCACUACCACAGCAUGGAGGUCUUUACAAAUUAUGAUCUUUUAUCGCUGAAUGGGACAAAGGUCGCGGAGGGGCACAAGGCCAGUUUCUGUCUCGAAGACACAGAGUGUGACUCAGAGGAGCGUAAGAACUACCAGUGCGCCAACUUUGGUGAGCAGGGUAUCACUGCAGGCUGCUGGGACACAUACCGGCACGACAUUGACUGCCAGUGGAUCGACAUCACGGACGUUCCGCCGGGAGAGUACGUGCUGCAGGUUAUUGUCAAUCCUAACUUCGAGGUGGCAGAGUCUGACUACACCAACAACGUUGUGAAAUGUCGGUGCAAGUACGAUGGGCAUCGCAUCUGGUCUUACAACUGCCACAUCGGUGGGUCCUUGAGCGCAGAGACAGAAGAGCAAUUUGACCACUUUCCUGGACUGAUGAGCAACCAUCUGUCCAACUGGUAACGCCACGGCAGAGGAAUUAGUCUGCAGUAACACUUACCGAAGGAGAUGCCCAGUGAAAUACUGUCAAUGGCAGAGAGUGACACGGCCUCAUGCAAUCAAUGCAACAUUGGUGCUACACUUCCACUUCAAGGAUAAAAGCGGGCCGCGGGGGUAAAAUAAUUCUCCAGUGUGAGGUGCGCUCCCGUCAACAAAGCAGCACACUGAACGCUACCCACCAACAUCAAAGCACACACACACGCACACACACACGCACACACAUGGACACACACACAGAUAUACACACGAACACAUUCGCAUGGAUACAUAGACACACAGACACACACACGAUUAUGCACACGGACACACACACACAUGGACACACACACGGAAGCACAUGCACGGGCACACACACACAAAUACACACGGGCACAGACACACAGAUUAGAUGUAUGCACAUACACAGAGGCACAUGCUUCCACACAAAGAUGUACUCGCAUGCACAUACACAUGUGCAGGCACACUUAGACACAUAUGUACACAUUCACAUGCAUGUACACACAUAUCAGAUACAUACACAUACACAAAGGCACAUGCUUACACAUAUAGAGAUACACACGUGCACAUGCACUUGAACAUACUCAUAGAUCACCUGCACACAAAUCCACAGAGAUGCACACACAGAUGUACAUACAUACAUGUAGAUGGCAGCACACACAUGCAACCAAAGAUUUGUCCACACAAACACACACUGCCUUACACACACACACACCCACACGCACACACACACACACACACACACACACACACACACACACAGAGACCCUGGCUCGGCUUCCGUCUCCAGCUGUGUCUCUCUCGAGCCCUUGAGCAGACUGUGGUCUGCGCUUGGACAAGCCUGGCCUCUGCCAUGGUUCUGUCUGGCUCUCGGCCAGGGCCGGAAGGAGAGAGUGAUCCAGCCGGGGCUCUCGAAGCCAAGGAGGGCCGCACUGAUAUUCAGGGUCACUCGCUGUUUUAUUUUACUCUUGCGACACGAGUCCUCAGGAGGGGAGGCCACAUCUCAUUUCAAGGAUGAGAGGUAGUGAAAUUCACACCACACUUGAAGGGUUAAUAGGCAACAGCCUUUUUACAACUAAACUGCUCAAUGCUUUGUUAUGGUCCAUGUCUGAGUCUUUGUACCCUCCCAGACCCAUCUGCUUUGUACAGUACUGAAAACUACAGCUGUGCAUCUCAAGGUUGGUUAUUUACUUUGAAUUUGCAAACAAAAAGUACCACUGUGUAAUAAAAGAGUUACUGAUGAUG